AUGAGAUAUGAUGCUAGAGGUAGACAAGGGUUUACAACGUUGCAGAAAUGUGUUGCGGCCAUUCGUUUGAUGGCUAUGGGGGAGUCACCUGACACCAUGGAUGAUUAUAUGAGAAUCUCCGAAAGAACCGGAAGGGAGAGUUUGUAUACAUUGUCAAGGGGUGUUUUUGAAACAUUUGGAGACGUGUAUUUGCGGAAACCUUCGUUGCAUGAUUUGCAAGAAUUGUAUGCGGUGCAUGAAGAACGCCAUGGGUUUCCCGGAAUGAUCGAAAGCAUUGAUCGCACACACUGGAAAUGGAAAAAUUGUCCGGUAGCAUGGAAAGGGCAAUACGCAAGUGGUCAUCACGGAUCACCUUCGUUGGUUUUAGAGGCUGUUGCUUCUCAAGAUGUAUGGAUUUGGCAUGCAUUUUUUGUGGUUGUGGGUUCCAACAACGAUGUCAACGUUCUUGAUCAGUCGCCAAUAUUCGAUGAUCUUUUGAAUGGAAAGGCCCCGGAUGCUCCUUUCACGGUGAAUGGAAACGAAUACAAAUAUGGUUACAAAUGGAACAUAUCCUCAGUAUUCCACAUUCUUGAAGGCAUUCUGCCACCCGGUUGA